AGGACAGACGUUCCAAAGUUAAAAACAGACUUUGUUUAUUUUUCAGGUCGUUGCUGAAAUGUGCACGGACUAGUUCUCUUUGCUCAUCAGUUCUCAUGCUCUUGUCAGAUUUAUUGUGAAAGGAGUAGUAGUUAUAUAUUACUUUAAUAAAAAGAAAGUGUCGAAUUUAUUUGACAUUAAUUUUGUUACUGCAUUUCAUAUUUUGGGGGUAUUAUAGCUGACGUUAUAUAGCGCGAGCAAGCAAACUGUCUAAGGACCAAACGGUGGGGAUUGCUAUUAAACGGUAAACAACCAUUUCAAGACAGCGCCAUGGCGACUGAAGGGGAGACAUGGACCACCGUUCAAAAGCAUGAUGGGGUGUUAUCCUUCGACGACGAUGUGGACCAUCCCUAUGGCGAUGAGGACGAGGCUGCGUUCGAGGCGGAGGUGAACGGCAACUGGACGCCACAGGAGAAGGCGCUCCACGAGGCACGGCUCAAGGCCAAGGCCAAGCGGCGUGUGCGCAAAUCGUCAUCCCGCAGCGAGUCACUCUCUGAGUCGCUGUCGGGUGAGCUGGCCGACGGCGACAGCCCCAAGGGCAAGGUGCCCGUCCCCAACGACCGCAAGUCCAGGACAGGCAAGGGCCGUGGCCUGCCCAAGAAAGGUGGCGCAGGGGGUAAAGGUGUGUGGGGAGCAGCCGGGAUGGUGUACGAGGUAGAGGAACCAGAUGUCAAGGACCCCAACUACGACGAGGUUGCACAGGGAGACACUGUGUACGCAACAGUUGUUCCAGAGCUGGACGAGAGGGAACUGGAGAAGACCGUCAACCCCAUUGUACAGGAGUACUUUCAGCACGGGGACACAAAAGAGGUCCAAAUGCUGUUGAAGGAGCUGAACCUGGGCCACCACAAGUACGAGUUCUCCAGCCUGGCUGUGUCCCUGUCUCUGGAGGGGAAGGCCAGCCACCGGGAGCUCACCUCCAGGCUGCUCCGUGACCUGGUCGGCAAGGGGCUCUCGGAGUCCGACAUGGCCCGCGCCUUCGACAAAAUCCUCAAAGAGCUGCCCGAUCUUAUGCUGGACACGCCAGAGGCUCCACAGAUGCUGGGACAGUUUAUUGCCCGAGCCAUCGCAGACCACGCUCUACCUAUGGGAUUCCUGGACCGCUAUAAAGGCAAGGUGGACUGCGACCACGCUAGAGCCGCGUUGGACCGUGCGGCGGUGCUCCUCUCCAUGAAGAGGGAGAUGGUGCGGCUAGACAAUGUGUGGGGCGUGGGUGGUGGCCUCAGACCUGUCAAACACCUCGUCAAAGAGAUGAACUUUCUGCUGAAGGAGUACUUGGUAUCGGGAGAGGUGAAGGAGGCGGAACGCUGUCUGCGGGACCUAGAAGUACCUCACUUCCACCACGAGCUUGUCUACGAGGCUGUUGUCAUGGUGCUAGAGUCCAAGGGGGACACGGCCGUCAAGAUGAUGUGUAAGCUCCUCCAGGCCUUCUGGAAAAUUGGCCUCAUCACAGUGGACCAGAUGAACCGGGGCUUCCAGCGUGUGUACGACGAGCUGCCAGAGAUUAACCUGGAUGUGCCCCAUGCCCUCUCCAUCAUGGAGUCCUUUACAGACCUCUGCUACCAGGAGUCUGUUAUCACCAAACAGUUGAGGGACUCCUGUCCCUCCAGGGGGCGGAAGCGGUUUGUGAGUGAGGGAGAUGGGGGCCUGAUCAAGAACUAGUGUGUAGGAGGAGGGGGGGGGGGGGUUGCUCGGCGUCCCGUCCCCCCCCCUGCCCCUAGAUCCGCAGGCCUGAGGCUGGGCAGGCUCGCGGUCAGACUCCCCUGCUUUUUCUCCGGCCCACUCAUCACCACGACAUCAGGUGGAGGACCGAGGAGGCAGGCCCGGGCGAUCAGUUUUUUCUCUCUCUUUGGUCAUUUUUGUAAGAAAGCAACAACAAAAAAACCUGGGGUUGAUUAUUCUUUUCAGUCUGUUCUUUGAGUCUUGAGUUGAGGCCCUGGGUCAAUGGAGAAGUGGAAAGAAGAUUGUAUUGUCUUGUGCUGGCCACGGGUUAUUUUGGCUUAACACAUUUUUUUGCUACACCAUUGACUGUCUUUCUCAAAUUUUAUUUUUGCUUAGCAUGUAUAACGCUCAUAAAAAAAAAUACAAAACACUUGUCAAAAAAGACAACUUGUCAGCAUACUGCAUCGCACGCUCUUAUGAACUGAAUCGCUCUUUGGAAUGACAUGGACCUCUGCAUUUAUUUUUGGCCAAAGCUUUCUGUAAUUACAUAAAGACAUGAUUCUUUAUUUUUCUUUCUGUUGGUGAUUUUGCUCUGUGUCAGUUGGAUUAUUUAUCUGUCCACUCCACGUUUGUAUCUCAAUCCUAGGCAGGGUUGUUAAACUGUUUUAAGCACAGCAGCAGUCACAAAAGCCUGUCUAGUUUAUAACCAGAGCCCAGAUCAGGGCCUUCCUCCUUCCCCUUAGUGGAGGACUAUCCCGACUAGUACACUGUAAUUGAGUGUCAGAAGUGGGAAAUCGGCAUCUCGAAAUAUACAGUACAAAUACUCAGGAUCUCUAGAACCCCUCUUCCUUUCUUCCUUUCGCUGAGCUGUUGAUAGACAAACUGGAACACCCUGCAGGCUUUUGUGUUGGUAGUGUGAUGUUCAAUUCACGAACUCCAACUGUUACAUGUCAUCCAGUGGAAUCUGUUUUAGGCAGACUUGGGUUUAAAAAGUAGGGGUUUUAUCAAAAACAUUAUUGCUCUUGAUUAGACUUGUCUGGUGCAAUGGAAACAAUAAAUGAGUCUCCCUACCUUUGGCACUCCAGGCAGGCUACAUCAAAAGCUUAAUAAGUAUAUGAAAGAAAAUACAUUUGAACCCAGGUCUGGCCCUAGGAGAGUACGAAGAAAACAAGUCUUAUCGCUGAUCUAGGGUCUCGUAUGAGAAUGCAAUGGAUUAUUCCUUGCUUUGUCGACCAAUAUGUAAAGUAAUAAGCCCCAGACUCGUAACGUGAGGGUUCUGGAUAGGGAAAACAUACAGCUUUUCAUUGAUAAUUGUAACCAAACUGAGGUUGUGAGUCAUCACCCCUGUUUGUUUACAUAAACUGGUUUGGGAAUGGCUUUAAGAAUGAGCUAGAGGUGAGUGGUCAUCGCUCCCUAGGGCUCAGAGGAGGUGCCUGACAUCAGCGUUUACGCCUAGUCAUCCGCUCUGAACCACAUGUUCCUGAUGGUCAUUCUCCAUAAGUAAUCACUUAUUUUACAGCGGUUAAAUUUGGAAAAGUUCAUAGCUGAUACAUAUAGGAAAAUCCUUAGUUUUGUUACUUAUACAAAUCACACAACUGCAGUUUGAUAAGGAUCUCAAUCAUAUUCACAGUUCAAUGCAUUGUGUCCAGCUUUCAUCGCAAAAAGAAAACUGAGGCUUUUUAUACAUAAGCCCCACAGAGCCAUCUUUGUAUUACUGUGAACCACUUUAAAACGUUGAACUGUUUCCAAUGCCCUUCCUCAUGCAGUUCAUUUUACAAUUUCAAUAAAAUUCCAUAUUUCUCUUCA